CAGUGAACUCGGCAUCACUCGUGACGCAGAGCAAGCACUGCCACAAGUGACCAGGCUCACUCCUGCUCACCUUCUCCCUCUGCCUCGUCUGGCCACGGCUGUCGUCAGUGAGUCCAGAUCGGGAGCCAGGAUGGCGUCGGAGAAGAGCAAGAUCCUGGUGGUCGGCGCCACGGGGUACCUGGGCAGGCACGUCGUGGUGGCGAGCACGCGGCUGGGCCACCCGACCUUCGCGCUCGUCAGGGACAUGGCGCCGUCCGACGCGGCCAAGGCGGCGCUGCUCAAGAGCUUCCAGGACGCCGGCGUGACGCUCGUCAAGGGCGACCUCUACGACCAGGCCAGCCUGGUGGGCGCGGUCAGGCUCGCGGACGUGGUCAUCUCCACGGUCGGGGCGCAGCAGAUCGCCGACCAGACCAGGCUCAUCGACGCCAUCAAGGAGGCCGGCAACGUCAAGAGGUUCAUCCCGUCGGAGUUCGGCCUGGACGCCGACCGCUCCGACGCCGUGGAGCCGGCCAGGUCCACGUUUAUCAUCACCAAGGCGGCGAUCCGCCGCGCGGCCGAGCGCGCCGGCGUCCCCUACACGCUCGUGUGGACGGGCUACUUCUUCGGCUACGGGCUGCCCGGCAUCGGGCAGGUCCUGGCCCGGUCGCCCCCCGCCGACAAGGCCGUCGUCCUCGGCGGCGGCGACACCAGGGCGUCCUUCGCGGACGAGGGCGACAUCGGGACGUACACGGUGCUGGCCGCCGGCGACCCGCGCGCGGCGAACACGACGCUGUACGUGAGGCCGCCGGCCAACACGCUGUCGCACAACGAGCUCCUGGCGCUGUGGGAGGGGAAGACCGGCGGGGCGUUCGAGCGGGUGUACAUCCCGGAGGACGCCGUGCUCAAGCAGAUCCAAGAAGCUCCGACCCCGCGGGACAGCAUCCUACUGUCGAUCGGGCACGCGGUGCACGUCAAGGGGGAGCACGAGUUCGAGAUCGACCCGUCGUCAGGGGUGGACGCCACCGAGCUCUACCCGGGCGUGAGGUACACCACCGUCGACGACUACCUGAACAGCUUGCUCUGAAUUUUACGAUGUCGAGCCCGUGGUGGUCCGAUGAUCAUGCGUCAGGUAGUCACCGGUGACGCGGCGGCCACCGCGCAGUGCUGCUCCCCGACGUUGCGCCGACACGUGCAGGCAGCGACCCUGAAACCCUGUAAUCUAUUACUCCUAACAGAUAUUAAUCUUGUUUCCGAUGAUCUCUUACUUUUGAGAGGGCGA